ACAUAUCGGUAAGCGUACUUACCUGCACUGUAAACAAACUAAUGCGUCAUAACAUUAUAAAUGUCAAAAAUGGUUAAUAAAAAAAAUGAGAAUGUAUACUUUAUUUGCUACAAAUGUUGAAUAUACUUAUAAAAAUUUAUUCUGUUCAAAAAUUACAGCAUUUAUUUUGUUUACAACAAUUGUAACAAUUGUAUUUCCAUUGAUUGUUGCGUAUCGAAGUCGUGGGUUUUGGAUAAAACAGGAUGUAUUUUAUGAACAGCCACAAAUUCAUUACAAAUUUCAAUAUUUGUUUAUUGGUAUAACAAAUAAAUUUGAGGAGCCAAUAAUAUGCAGUAAUUUUUUGGAACAUAAACAAUUAUUAAAUAGUUUUGAUAGAUGUAAUUCAAUUGAAGUUGAAGAAAUGGAUAUUAAUGAAGAUGGGAUUAAUGAUAAGUUAAUAUUUCGACUACAUUUCGAUAAAAACAAAAUUGAAUUACAUUCGAUAACUCUGUUAUUGCCAAUUGAUUAUCAAUUAAGUACCGUAUGUCCAUUACGAAUGCAAUCAUUAAUUACAGUUCAAAAAGAUAUUACUUAUCCAACAGAACAAAUGCAAUUUAUUGGAGAUCUAAAUAUCAAACAAAAAUCACCAUUGAAUUGUUAUUUAAAUUUCGAAGACACAAGUUACAAUUACUCAGCUUUAACAUUAAAAACGAUAAACGAUUACGAUCCGUUCAAUAUGUUCAAAAUUUUUUCAGAAUAUUCAGAACGGAAAUUUGCGACUGUUUUCGGUAAUUCUUACACGUUUUCUAAACCAGGAAAAUCAUCAACUUUUCAAUUAGAGAAAUUACCGAUAACUGAAAUGCCUAAAUUAAAGAAAAAAUUGAAUCUAGUCAUAAAACAUAACUCUUCAGACGAAACUGCAUCGCGUCCAACGUCCAGUUAA